CGAGCUUGGUCUAGGAUCAUCUCUUGCUUCUCCUUCCUUCUUUGUCUUUGGCGCUCCUCUUCUUUCCUUGUUCGCGUGCGUGUGUGAAGUUGCAAAACACAACUUAUGGUGCCGCCCGCCAGUCGCGCUCGUAGCAACCCACGACCGCCGACGGAUCCGCCGCUGCCACCGCCUGUGGCCACGUCGAUUACCGCGUUGGUAGCAGAGGGCGACGACGCGGCCGCUUCGAAGGCCCUCGUCGACGAGCACAGCCGGCAGAGGCAAAAGCAGCAGCUGAACGGAGAGAAGGAGGAGGAGGGGAAAAAGGAAGAGACACGAAAGGGGAGAGGUGCGCGGACAGCCAAGGGAAGCAGCCAAGGGAGCGACAAGAAGAAGGCCAUUGACGCGGCAGCGAGGGAGCGCGUCUGGGCAACGAGACCAAACGAUUCGCUGCGGCUGAAGAAUACGAUCCGGGACCUGCACAGGUUCCUCACCGGUCUGCCCUUUCCCCUCAUCCGAAUCACACCCACCCUUGUCGCGCGGGCCAUCUGCAAGGUCCUCGCUAGCCAGAGGCUGAUGCCUACCAACAUUGCUUUCGAUGUUGCGCUCCUCUUUUGGAGGCUGAUCAUCAACAUCUUCUUUAGGUCGAUUCAGCCGAGAGGAGCAUGGAGGAUUCCCAGGCCCAAUGAAGGCCCCAUCAUCUUUGUGGCCGCCCCACACCACAAUCAGUUCCUCGACCCUCUUCUUCUCGCUUCAGAGGUCAGGCGAGGCUCUGGACGUCGAGUGGCCUUUUUGAUUGCCGAAAAGAGCAUCAAGCGUAAAUUCAUUGGCGCGGCAGCCAAGCUGAUGCAGAGCAUCCCGGUUGCGCGAGCUGCCGACAGUGCAAAGGCAGGCAAGGGCACCAUCUCUGUCCACCCAUCAGGUGAUCCGCUGCUGCUGCAGGGCCACUCGUCCAACUUCACCAAGCAGCUCGUAGUCCGUGGGCAGAUUUUGCUGCCAAAGGCAACAGGUCAUGCCACGGCCGAGGUGGAAGAGAUCAUCUCCGACACCAAAGUGCGCAUCAAGAAGGAGUUCAAAGACGAGCGGGCCAUCGAGGCGCUCAAAGGAAAGCUGCCAGAAGGCCCGAUGGACAAGAAGGAGGGUGGCAAAGAGCCGGGCAUGGAGGGCUGCAAGUACCAGUGCCUGCCUUAUGUCGAUCAGACGCAAAUGUAUGCGAGCGUGUACGAGAGGCUGGCAGAGGGUGGCAGCCUUGGCAUCUUCCCAGAAGGUGGCAGCCACGAUCGUACGGACCUCUUGCCUCUCAAAGCCGGUGUCGUCAUUAUGGCCCUGGGAGCCAUGUCGGCCAACCCUGGCCUAAAUGUGCGCAUCGUGCCGGUCGGUCUGUCCUACUUCCACCCCCACAAAUUCCGUUCGAGGGCCGUCGUCGAGUUUGGAGCGCCAAUCGAUGUGCCACGGGAGCUCGUCGGCCUCUUUGAGCAGGGCGGCGAGGGGAAGCGCAAGGCCGUGGGCGAGGCCAUGGAGCUCGUGUUUGAUGGCCUCAAGAGCGUCACCGUCCGUGCGCCCGACUAUGAGACGCUGAUGCUCAUCCAAGCUGCUCGUCGGCUCUACACGCCUCCAGGCGCCCACCCGAGCCUGAGCCAGGUUGUGGAGCUGAACCGGCGCUUCAUCCUCGGCUACCUCGAAUUCAAGGACGACCCCCGGGUCGCCUCCGUCAGGGAUCAAGUGCUGCGCUACAACAAGAUGCUCGUUUACGCUGGCCUGCGCGAUCACCAAGUCGAGCGGGCCACGCGCGCCGGAUGGCGGAGCCUGGGCCUGCUCGCCUAUCGUCUCGGCUUGCUGGGCAUGUGGGGCACUGUGGCCCUGCCUGGCGCGCUGCUCAAUGCACCUGUCAUCAUCCUGGCCAAGAUCAUCAGCCGUAAAAAGGCAAAGGAGGCCCUGGCUGCGUCGCAGGUCAAGCUCAAGGGCCGCGACGUCCUGGCUACUUGGAAGGUCCUCGUGUCGCUUGGCUUCACCCCCAUCCUCUACUGCUUCUACGCUGGUGUGGCCACGUACUUUGCCCACCGCUACAAGCUGCCAAGCAAGCACCAGCUCAUGAUGCCCUUCUACACGCUCUCGGUCCUGCCACCGAUUGCGUACUCGACGCUCAAGUUCUCCGAAGUCGGCAUCGACAUUUACAAAAGCCUUCCCCCGCUCUUUGUCAGCCUCAUGCCGGGCAACUACAAGGUCAUUAUUGAGCUGCAGCAGACAAGGGCCAAGAUUGCCUCGGAGAUCCACGCCCUCAUUGACGAGCUGGCACCCAAGAUCUGGGACGAUUUUGAGAGCCGCAAGAUUGUCACGUCGCCUACCUCGUCGGCCCCACCGGCGCAGAGCCCGGCUGGAGAGGAGUCGCUGAUGUGGCGACAAAAGAGCCACGACAAGAAGCUGGAUACAAAGAGCCCCUUGGCCCACCCGCUGGCCUGGGCCGACGAGCGUCUCUUUGGUUGGGGGACCUCGACCAGGAGGGGCAGCACCACGACACGCGCCCUGUCUGCCGCUGAGUUCGCCGAGAAGAAGGCGGGCAAUGCAGGCGAGGGCAUCGUCGACAGCGCAUCGAAGGAGGAGCAAGACGAGCUGGAAGAAGAGGAGGAGGAGGAGGAAGAAGAAGACAGCGAAGAGGGUGUCGAGGAAGAGGAGGAAGAGGGCGACUACGAGGCCAUCUUCCGCAUGCUCAGUCCCGCUCGUCUGCUUGGGUACGGGGACGAGGCCAACACACCGAAAAGCCCGCGAUCUCCCGCAACGGGCGGCAGCGGACGCCGGUCGAGGUCGCACAGCCGAAGCAGGAGUGGAAGCCUCAACGAGACAUUUGCCGAGAAGCGCAACCGAUCCAACACAGACCUCAAAGCGCUGAGCAGCAGUAGUAGCGGCAGAGCUGGAGGACCCGAGCCGCUUUCACCCACUGUCAGGACGACUGCGUUGGCCGAUCAGAGUGGAGGAGGAACAGCAGCAGCAGCCAGGGAAAGGGGGCCCCGUCAGCGUACGACUUCGCUCUCCGAGGACAUUUCGACAGACUCGUUCAAGAGCAACGCUCCCAAGGUUCACGGAGAGCCGUUUGGCAAGGCAACAAAGGUGCUGGAGAGGACCGAGCAGCAGACCAACGGCUCGUCGGUCGCUCACGCGCCUCGGGUCGAGGACAUGAAGAGCGCGGCGCCAACGCCGGCGCCUGGAAGCCCCAAUGUGCGAUCCUCUUGACACCUGCGAUUUCAAGUUUCUCGUCUCUCUCUCUCUUUUCUCUCUCAAAUCGUGUAUGUAUGCAUGUGAGCAGUCUACAAACGAGGCUUGUUUUGGUACCUGCACGGCCGGCAGAGUGAAGCUCUAGACCGUCGGUCCUUGAGCCGGACAGGCAGGCAGGCGUCUGACGUUUGGUCUGCUUGUCGUCGGACAACAGUCUGCCAACUUUUUCUCGUUUGAUG